CCCUGUGCUCGCCAGUGGAAAACAUCUGGUUCCAGUGACAGGAAGGAGGAUUUCGCCUUCCGGAGACUCAAUUAUGUAGAUCUUAUGACGAUGCCUUGUCUGUGAAAACAACUCCUUGUCGAGAAAUACCUUUGAGGAAGCCGGCGAAGAAAGACAGAGCGAGAAAAUGGCGCUGCGCAAGGUGAAAGGCAACCUGGAGAGGAUGUUUGACAAGAACCUCACCGAUUUGGUCCGGGGAAUCCGUAACAAUAAGGAGACAGAGCCCAAAUAUAUAGCACAAUGCAUGGAAGAAAUCAAGACCGAACUGAGGCAAGACAACUUAGCAGUCAAAGCCAAUGCAGUCGCAAAGCUCACUUAUUUACAAAUGCUGGGUUAUGACAUCAGCUGGGCAGGAUUCAACAUCAUUGAAGUGAUGAGUUCUCCCAAGUUCACCUUUAAGAGAAUUGGUUACUUAGCUGCUUCACAGUGCUUCCACCAAGAUACAGAGGUCCUCAUGCUAACAACAAAUAUGAUCCGAAAAGACCUCAACAGUCAAAACAUGUACGACUCAGGCACUGCACUUACUGGCCUGGCUUGUUUCAUCAGUGGAGAUCUUGCUAGAGACUUGGCCAAUGAUGUCAUGACCUUGUUAACAUCCACCAAGCCAUACCUGCGGAAAAAGGCAGUCCUCCUCCUAUACAAAGUGUUUCUCAAGUUCCCUGAGGCCUUACGACCCGCCUUCCCCCGGCUCAAGGAGAAGCUGGAAGAUCCAGACCCUGGUGUGCAGUCAGCGGCAGUCAACGUCAUCUGUGAGCUGGCGCGCAAGAACCCUAAGAAUUACCUGAGCCUUGCACCAGUCUUUUUCAAACUCAUGACUUCUUCCACCAACAAUUGGAUGCUUAUCAAGAUCAUCAAAUUGAUCCACAGCACCUCAGCAAUGUCUCUGCUCUAUGAAUGCAUCAAUACUGUCAUCGCUGUGCUCAUUUCUAUUUCUUCAGGGAUGCCAAACCACAACGCCUCCAUACAGUGAAGUACCUUGGACUCCUAGCCAUGUCAAAGAUUCUCAAAACGCACCCCAAGUCUGUGCAAGCCCACAAGGAUCUGGUCCUACAAUGUUUGGAUGACAAGGAUGAGUCCAUACGCCUCCGAGCCCUUGAUCUCCUCUAUGGCAUGGUGAGCAAGAAGACUGUCAUGGAGAUUGUUCGUCGUCUUAUGACCCAUAUGGACCGUGCUGAGGGAACCAUGUAUAGAGAUGAACUCUUACAAAAAAUUAUUCUCAUUUGCUCACAGAAUAAUUACCAGUAUAUUACCAACUUUGAAUGGUACAUCAGUGUUCUAGUUGAGCUUUGCCGAAUGGAGGGCACACAACACGGUGGCUUGAUUGCUAACCAGCUGAUGGAUGUGGCCAUCAGAGUGGUUGCUGUUAGAGAAUUUACUGUUGGCCAGAUGGCACUGCUGCUGGACAAUGCCCAUGUCAUAGUUGGUCCUGCAGCAGCUAGAUCAUCCAUAGCAGAAGUUUUGUAUGCCGCUGCCUGGAUCUGUGGGGAAUUUUCACAAUUACUCGCCAAUCCCAAGGCUACUCUAGAAUCAAUGGUUCGUGGUAAAGUUGUCUCUCUGCCAGGCCACAUACAAGCUAUCUAUGUACACAACAUGCUCAAGCUUUACGCGCAUAUCAUAUCUACUGCCGAAGAGGAGGAGGAUUCAGAGAUGAUAGAGGAGGUUACAAGUCUGCUUCUUGAGAAAUUACCUGUGUUCGUGUCAUCUGGGGAUCUGGAGGUACAGGAGCGUGCAUCGUGUAUCCUGCAACUCGUCAACUAUGUCCAAAAGUGCCACAAGAACGGAGAUAAGAUAGGUUCCGAUCUGACUCUCCUGCUAACAGGGGAACUGAAUCCCGUGGCUCCAAAGGCCCAGAAGAAAGUUCCACUACCAGAAGGACUGGAUCUUGAUGUCUGGAUUAACGAUCCACCAUCUGAGAGUGAGGAAGAGGAAAAGGAUGAUGUCUUCAAGAAGGAAAUAUUCGUGAAAAAUGACCCUUCAUCUAAAGAGCGUAAGAAGGAGAAAUACGAGCCAACAGAGGAAGAGCUCCAGAAGCGACGGGACGCAAGAAGGGCUGAGCAGGCAAGCAAUCCGUAUUAUGUCAAGUCGCAUUCAUCCCCGAGGCCCAACCAUAACAGCUUGCAGGUGGACGAGAUCCCUGUGGCUGCUCUUGAUCUAAAUGUUUCUCUCAAGAUACCAGGCAUGGCCUCCUUGGACAAGUAUCAAUUUGUGGAGGGAAGGCAGGGGAGUGGUAAGAAACGUGAUAAGAAGCACAAGAAACGCAGCAAGAAGAGAGGUGUUGCAUCUUCAAGUAGUGAUGAGGAUGUGCCUCGAACCCAUGUAGUAAACACAGAUGUAGGUGAGAUGCCUGAAGGUGCUAACUUCUCUGAUGAAAAUGAACCUGAUGAUCGGCCAGAAGACGAUCCACACAGAGCACUGGACAUAAAUCUUGAUGAGCCCCUUGCACCUAAUGAAGUUCUUCCUACCAGAAGCCAUUACGAAGUUCCCUGUAAAGCCAGCUCUGAUAACCAUGAUGAAGCGAAUCUCCUAGCAUCUCCUGCCAAGAAGAAAUCCAGUGGCAAAAAGGAAAAGAAGGAUAAGAAGGAGAAAGGGAAGAAGAGCAAGAAAGAGGAGAAGAAAGUGUCCAGGAAGAAGAAUGGUGUUCCAAAGAAGGAGGAGAGCCUCAUCUUAGACCUCAUAGACCCACUCAAGGAGACGUCACUCAACGAUGAAACAGUUCCUAGCACAGCAAACCACAUUAAUGGGGUAGAAGAAUCUAGUAGUAAAGAACCGCAAUCUGAUGAUCUGGACUUCUGGCUCUCCCCGGAGAACCCUCAUGCCAAAACCCACAUAGAAGAUGCUGACAAAGUAGCCCAGUUAUCAUCCACAGAAUUACAUAGUAAAGAAGAGAGCAAAUCUAAAAAGUCCAAAACCAAAAAGGAGAAGAAGGCCAAGAAGGAGAAAGAGAAGCAUGAGAAGAAGAGCAAGAAGAAGGCCAGGGAAGAGCCAGAAUCCAUGAGCCGCAAUCGGGAUGAGUACGAGGAGACCAAUGGCCUGGUCACACAGGAGGGGGAGGAGGAGAAGGCAGCCAUGGAGGCGUCGGAACAGUCCCAGCCACUCGCAAGAUUACUCGCCGAGGAUUCCGCCAUUAAGAUGAUGUACACAACUGCAGCUAUGGAUGGUAUUAUGAGUCAAGUUUUAGUUUGUAUUACAUUCUCCAAUCAGUCUUCGAAAGAUAUCAGCAAACUCCAGUUGAUUGUACCUGAUUCUGAUGCCUUGAAGAUGAUAAGAACGGACCCAGAAUCAGACACAGUGAAUCUCCCUUGGACCUUAGAGGCUGGCAGAUCACGUGAGAGCCAAUUCUCCUUCACGGCAGAUGAUGACACAAUCCCUCACAAGCUACGAGGUUCUCUCUCCUAUACUCAGGAAGGUAUUGGUAAUAGUGAUAUCUCUCUUCGCCUCGACUUUCCUGUUGUAACAUUCCUCUCUGGCAAGACCGCAAGUCGUGCAACGUUCACAGAUCUUUUAGGUUCAGGUCAGCUGUCUGCCAGAUCUUCUUUCACGCUUCCAAGUUGUUCACGCUCAUUCCAAGAGGUUUUGGAUGAACUGACCCGGGGAGGAAGCUUGGCUGUGGUGGAGUGUGUGGAACAAACUGCCUCCCUCUACGGCCGGUCCCUCCAUGGACACCACGUGUGCCUCCUAGUCAAGUACCAGGCAUCGAGUCGCCUCACAGUUGACGGCAAGAGCACUGAAGGGACUCUCCUAUCUAACACCCUGGAUUACUUGAAAACCGCACUCUCACAGCCGCAGUAGUCUCAUCAAUUUGCGAUGUUGUGCAAAUUUAAAUAAAAACAGGGAAAGGACUUCAUGAUGUUAGAAUGUGUCACUUACAUAUAUAAACAUUUUCAUGUAAUAUACGGUUCAUUAUUAGGUGUUUUUCAUAUACCCAUCAUUCUACCACAUGAAUCCACGGAAAAGUUAUAGAUAUAUAUACAUAUUAAAAAAGAAAAGAUUUUUCUAUUUCAUUACGUAUUCGAUACGUAUGUUAUGUGUCCAGCAAUGCCAAGUGAAUAGGCUGUGCUGUGGAGGGAUGAUUUCCACUAGUAGGCAAACUGGGUGUGAUAUUUAACUUAGGAACUAUAUAAUGCUUUUAUUUGCAAGCAUUGGGGAUCAAGUAUUUUGUAUUCAGAACAAAUAUUUGUUAUUGCACUGUAAUCCUGAAUCAGAGUAUGAGAAACUGACAAAUAAUCAUGUACAUUUGAUUUAU